UGACGUCAAACGCCCACCAAAAAGCCGGAAGUUGCUACUUUAGUUUGUUUCUUACUAACGCAGGCGUCGUAGCAUCUCUUGUGCUCUGUGUUGGUGGAGAGGAAGAGGAAGAGAGGAGCUGCAGUAAUGGGGACCGUUAUCUCCAGGUGGAAGGCGAAACCUUCCACGGUGGAACGUCUGGAGGAGUUGGAUAAGGACAUUAAGAACCUGGAGGAAUCCCGUGGGAAGAACCAGCGCAUGCAGAAGCUGUGGGUCGGAAGACUGCUCUUCUACUCGGCUGCUCUGUACCUGCUCACCUGUUUCAGCGUUUAUUACCUGUACCUGCCUGAGGAAUGGAGCGGCCGGCUCGUCACCUCGCUGCCGCUGAUCGCCUUCCCGGCACUCGUGUGGUUCGCACGCAAGCUGCUCAUCGUCAUCUUCUCCAAGCGCACAGAAAAAAACAAUGAAAAAUUAGAGGAUUUAAAAUCAGAAAAAAGAAAAAUUCUUGAGGAGGUGAUGGAAACUGAGACCUACAAAAAUGCCAAGUUGAUUCUGGAAAGAUUCGAACCGGAGUCGAAGAUGAAAGCGGAAGCGGAAGCUGCUCCAGUUCGACCCCAGUCAACACCCAAACCAGGACAAGAGUUGCGGCAGCGUCAUGUUGCCAUGUCCACGCCCGGCCCCAUGCCCCGCCCCCCACAACAUGGAGCCACGCCCCUCCGUACUGCCCCGGGCGGCCCUCCUGAUAAUAUCCACGGAGCUUCGGGAUCAAGUCCGGCACUGGGGAGCAGCAUGGAGACGCCACCACAAAUGAGGAGGAAUUUGAGCCCUUACUCCCCCGUGCUGGGAUCAGGUAUGCACCCCCCGGGUCCUCCGAUGGCGCGACCCGUCCUCCCCCGAGAACGCAGUGCAGUGGACCGGGUCAUCGAGUACCUGGUGGGAGACGGACCACAAAACAGAUACGCUCUGAUUUGUCAGCAGUGUUUCUCUCAUAACGGUAUGGCCUUGAAGGAGGAGUUUGAAUAUUUGGCCUUUCGCUGUGCCUACUGCUACUUCAUGAACCCGGCGAGGAAGACACGCCCACAAGCCCCCAGACUCCCAGAGUUCAGCUUUGAGCGCAGACUUCGCUCCGAGUCUCCUGACCCACAAUCCUCAGCAGCAUCUAACACUCCGGAGGAUAGCGAUGCCCACGAAGAAAAUGUUUUGUCGAGUCCUCGUCCCCGUUCCUCAAUAGGUGUAACUCCGUGGAGCAAAGUUCACAGUUUCAGCAGAGACCACACAGAUGAUGUGGAACCUGCUGCCUCUACUGACGUACUGGAGCCGGGAGUACCCGACGCCCCGCCCACAAGCGACGCAUGUGAGGAUGUGCCACGCCCAGAUGAAGGCCCCGCCCCCUGCGAGGAACCAGAAGCUCAGAUAUGAGUUCAGCUGCAGCUCUGGAUGUUCCAAAUGCUGUGUGUGAAUGUUUUUGCAGGUUUUAUGCAGCCUUUAAUUUAUUUCUUAGUAUCUCUUUUGCUGAAAUGUAUUUGCACUAGUUUUUUUUGUUUGUUUUGCGCCAAAUUCUAGUAUCAGCUAGAAAGAAAAAAAAAACAUGCACUGCUGAGCUUUGGUAUUUACUGUGUAUUGUAUUUAACACAGCUUAACUAGCCAGUUGGAGGUUCUGUAGACCUGUGUGUGUGUGUGUGUGUGUGUGUGUGUGUGUGUGUGUGUGUGUGUGUGUGUGUGUGUGUGUGUGUAAGACGUGUGCGUCAUUUCAACCACAGAUCUAUAAAAGUGUAGAGGAAAGCAGGUUUUUAAACACGGCAGGCUAGUAUCAGAUUUUUUUUAACAUUCUGUAAGUUUAGACCGUUUUCCUCCUGUGUUUCGACAAGACGGACUCCGUGGUAUUAUUCCUUUCGUUUACAGUUUCAGUUCAGUGUAAACUAUUUCAAUCAAUUUGCCAGUUGUUUAACUUGUUUACCUUUUACGUCCGUCUCAAAGUAUUGUGUUCUGGUUGCUUUUAAAUACUUAUGGGUAAUUAAACAACAAUGUCUGGUGCCUUUAUGUAAAAAAAUAAAUAAAUAAAUGGAACCCGAGCAUUGCUGGGACUCUGACGCUGUUUACACCUGAUGGUUUCAUGAUUGUAUCCUGAUGCGAUUCGAACCGUUUACACUUCGUUCGACUGCCAGCUUCUUCUAGAACUUCGUUAUUUUUUUUUUUGUGACGUGGAUGUAUUUCACGCUCGGUUAGAGUUCAGUUUCUACAUAAAGUCAUCGGGAUGUUCAAAACGCAUGAAACGAUGAGGCGUGAACAAAGUCAGCAAGACUUCGUGACAAGCUUCCGAGAAACGGCAGCGCGCCAAAUAACACGUGCAGUCCGUGUGUUUACCGUCGUCUCAGUCAGCACCUCGAGCUUUGGCUGUUCUACAGAUUGUUAUAAAGCAGAAAAACUACAGCUUCGCUUCCGUGCAGUUUCUGCCGCGGUGCUCGCAGAACCUUUGAUGACGUGUCUGUCUAUGCAUUCAAUAAAAGUCUUUUUCUGCGG